AUGGAGGAAGAAGUCGCAGCUCUCGUCAUCGACAAUGGUUCUGGAAUGUGCAAGGCCGGUUUCGCCGGUGACGAUGCUCCCCGAGCUGUCUUCCCAUCCAUUGUCGGUCGUCCUCGCCACCAUGGUAUCAUGAUUGGUAUGGGCCAGAAGGACUCCUACGUCGGUGAUGAGGCACAGUCCAAGCGUGGUAUUCUCACCCUGAGAUAUCCUAUUGAGCACGGUGUUGUUACCAACUGGGACGACAUGGAGAAGAUCUGGCAUCACACUUUCUACAACGAGCUGCGUGUAGCCCCCGAGGAGCACCCAGUUCUUCUGACCGAGGCCCCGAUCAACCCCAAGUCAAACAGAGAGAAGAUGACCCAAAUCGUCUUCGAGACCUUUAACGCCCCCGCCUUCUACGUCUCCAUCCAAGCCGUUCUGUCUCUCUACGCUUCUGGACGUACCACUGGUAUCGUUCUCGAUUCUGGUGAUGGAGUUACCCACGUUGUCCCCAUUUACGAGGGUUUCUCCCUUCCCCACGCCAUUGCCCGUGUCGACAUGGCUGGUCGUGAUUUGACCGACUACCUCAUGAAGAUCUUGGCUGAGCGUGGUUACACCUUUUCCACCACUGCCGAGCGUGAAAUCGUUCGUGACAUCAAGGAGAAGCUCUGCUACGUUGCCCUUGACUUUGAGCAAGAGAUUCAAACCGCCAGCCAGUCUUCCAGCCUGGAGAAGUCGUACGAGCUUCCCGAUGGACAAGUUAUCACCAUUGGUAACGAGCGUUUCCGUGCCCCUGAGGCGCUCUUCCAGCCAUCUGUCCUGGGUCUUGAGUCUGGUGGUAUCCAUGUCACAACUUUCAACUCCAUCAUGAAGUGUGAUGUUGAUGUCCGCAAGGAUCUCUACGGUAACAUUGUCAUGUCCGGUGGAACCACCAUGUACCCAGGUAUCUCCGACCGUAUGCAAAAGGAAAUCACUGCUCUUGCCCCAUCCUCCAUGAAGGUCAAGAUCAUUGCACCACCCGAGCGAAAGUACUCCGUCUGGAUUGGUGGUUCCAUUCUCGCCUCCCUCUCUACCUUCCAGCAAAUGUGGAUCUCGAAGCAAGAGUACGACGAGAGCGGACCUUCCAUCGUCCACCGCAAGUGCUUCUAA